AUGGAGAUUGAUCAUUUUUCUUCCACGGCACUAAAUUUCAAUGGAGUCGAAGUGAGUUAUGGCUCUAUACAAGAUGUUGUGUUCCAAGAGAAACACAGUUUAUCUGGAAUUGAAUUGCUUGGAGAGAUUAAUCCUCUCCCUAAUGAGAGUGGAAAAGGAGCCAAUUUGUUCAAAUACCAAAAUCAGCAACAACAACAACAUGAAGAACUCAGAUUUGAUAACUUGAUGUCAGAAGAGGUCAACUUUGACUUUGGUCCGCAACCAACACAAGCAUUUCACGAAACUAGAGGGCUAAAGAAUCAGGAAGUGGCAAGUUCAGAACUUGUUGAAUACAAUAAACAAGAGCCACCAUCUUUAGCAUCGUUGGAGCUCCUAAGAAGUCACGGAAGCAGGUUCAAUAGGCUAAGUGGGCAAAAUAUAAGUAACAUUGAAACUUCAUUGGAUCACCAAAACAGGUCAACAGAAGAAAUAAUAAGAGUGGCUGGAACAAGGUAUGUACAAUUAUCUGCCCAUUGGAAUGAUAGUUUUUUCAUCCCCAUGCACCCUUAUGGAUUUGAUCUUGGGGAUUUGUCUGAGGAAGAAAAUAGAGACGUUGAACUUGCUCAGUUUCUCCUUGCUGCAGCUGAGAGAGUAGGGUGUCAACAAUUUGAACGUGCAAGCAGGUUACUUAUCGUUUGUGAAAGGAAUUCAUCUGCCACAGCAAACCCUGCUCAAAGAGUUAUCUUUCAUUUCGCUCAAGCACUUCGAGCGAGAAUAGACAAAGAAACAGGAAAGGUGACAAUUAAGGGGUUGGUGAAAAAUGAAGAAAGGGAAUUACAUCGGAAUAUGGAUACCAUCUUGUCCCUUACAUGCCAUAAAAAAAUCCCUUUUAAUCAGGUAAUGCAAUUCACUGGGAUACAAGCCAUAGUGGAACAUGUUGCAUCUGAUACGAAGAUCCAUCUGAUAGAUCUUGAUAUAAAUAGUGGGGUGCACUGCACGGCUUUGAUGCAAGCACUGGUUGAGCGCCAGGAUUGUGCAGUGGAGCUUUUGAAGAUGACUGCCAUUGGACUUUAUACAUGCAAAACCAAGAUAGAAGAGACUGGUAAAAGGUUAGCGAGUUUUGCUGAAUCCUUGAACUUGCCCUUUUUAUUUAAGGCAGUUUUUGUCACAGACAUAGCAGAACUCAAGGAAGAUCAUUUUGAAGUUGGAAGGCAUGAAGCUGUAGCUGUUUACUCUCCCUAUUUACUGAGGAACAUGAUAUCUAGGCCUGAUUGUAUGGAAAACUUGAUGGGGGUUAUUAGAAAUAUCAAACCAUCUAUAAUGAUAGUACUUGAAGUUGAAGCAAACCAUAAUUCACCCUCCUUUGUGAAUCGCUUCAUUGAAGCAUUGUUCUUCUACUCAGCUUUUUUUGAUUGCCUUGAAACCUGCACAAAACAGGAGAAUGAGUGCAGAAUGGCAACCGAAAGAAUACUUUCUGCAGGGAUAAGAAACAUUGUUGCUAUGGAAGGCAGGGAAAGGACGGUUAGAAAUGUGAAGAUAGAUGUUUGGAGAAGGUUCUUUGCAAGGUACCGAAUGGUGGAAACUGGAUUUAGCAAGUCAUGUCUUUACCAAGCUGAUUUGGUUGCCAAAGAGUUUGCUUUUGGGAAAUUAUGCACUAUAGAGAGGAAUGGGAAGUGUCUCAUAGUUGGAUGGAAAGGUACCCCAAUGCAUUCAAUCUCAGCUUGGAGGUUUCCUUGA